UUAUUAUUAUUAUUAUUAUUAUUAUUGUUUAUGUUAGGCCUGGGUGUGUCCCCUCCCCCUUUACAAGAAGUCAAGAUGGCAUCCAACUGUCUUGUCUGGUUCCUGGUCCUUGUGACAUGGUCACUGGUGUCUGUGGAGGGAAACUUGAAAGAUCGUGAGUCAAGAUAUCAGAAGUUUCUUCGGCAGCACCAUGAUACUAAAAUGACUGUGAGCCGCUGUGACUCAACGAUUAAAAAGAGGAAAAUCUAUGGAAAUGAAACCACACACUCCUGCAAAAAAGUCAACACCUUUGUUGUUUCUGCCACUAAAAAUCAACUGAAAGCUGUGUGUGACAAGGCUGGUUCGCCGUAUGGCGAAGGGUUGAGAAUAAGCAACCAGCCUUUCUUUGUGAUCACGUGCACGUUGAUGGGAGGAUCCGACCGGCCCCCUUGCGAGUACAGGGGAAACAAGAGCACCAGGAAAAUUGUCAUCAGCUGUGAAAACAAACUGCCCGUUCACUAUGACGAGGGCAUCAUCCCUCCAUGAGCUGAGCUAACACCAUGUCUGCUUCGCUGCUUCGAGCCAAAAUGGAGUUCGGUGCGAAUUUCAGUCAAAAAUAAAAUUCAUUGAAAUUUCAUGUAAUUUCCAUUUAUUUUCAUGCUUUAUAAAUAAAUUCUUGAAGGUAUUCUGCAUGAAAUAUUUCAGCUGAAUUAUAAAUGCUGUUCUUCCCGCUUUGACUUUAAACAAAGAAAAUAAAGUAUGCUAGAGCACUGGAAAACCUGACUGAUUUGUGGUUUAUUAAGGUACACAACUGGACCUUUGUCUUAGAGCAGUCUGAGCUAAUACGUAUAUAACUGGUCUCUGAAGUUUGGUGCUGACUGGAUGGAUCAGGUCGGGUUGGUGUUCAUAACCAACAAAAAUUGCUUUCAUCUUGUCACAAAAUAUCCUCAAAUAUUAGUCUUUAAUAAAAUCAGACUUAGCAGUUUUGACUGUAUUGCUCCAAUGGUGCGAACUUGUGUCACGUCUACGCCCGCACCUCAAUCAAGCAAGAUAGAAAAAACAGUUAAAACAGAUAAAAACAAAAACAAUAGGCCCCCUACUUACAAACUUUCAAGUAAUGAACUUUUCACCGACACCAAUCUUUUUUGAGCCAUUAAAUCUUCAAAUUCUAAACAAGAAACAGUUCACAGAAAUACAACUUUCACCUAUUGUUAUGCAGAACAUCAUAUAUUACUUGACACUCUUAUGCAGGUGUCUUGAACUAUGAGCCUUCAGGUCAUAAGUCCAUGUCCUUAGCAGCAUGAC